AUGAGUGGAUGUGAGCUCGCUGUCAAACCGUCGGCUAUCGGGAGGGGUGUAAAUGACAAAGAAGUAAACGCAUCAGGCUGGAAGGGCGGCUGCCGAGUUGGCGCGGCCAUUGCUCGCGUGGCUGGUGCCGUCACGGCCCGCUGCUGUGUACCAGCCGGCCGGACAGCACGCGUCGAUUAUCGAGUGCGCUCCGCCCCGCCCCGUGCUGUGCCCGUACAGAGCACACGCUCCGCUGCCGCCGCCGCCGCCGCCGUAUGGCGCCGCAUUGGCCCGACCCGCAUGCUGCGCGCAAAAAGUGUCGCCCGCCGCAACACACAGUGUCCGUUCAACCCACGCACGCCACAGUGCCAGCUGAUACGCGUCUCUCCACCGCGGCAUCGCAGGUUCUGUCGCGCCGCGGAGGUAGGUGUCCCGCGCAGCACGGCUAGUGCGCGGGUCCACCGCCGCGCAGGGGGCGCGCUGGCGUCGCGGCGGCUCCAGCGGCGAGAGGAGGCAGCGGCCGGCGGCAGAGGAGGCUGCAUGCUGGCCGCGCUAGCCGCCUGCCACGCUCUGACAGACGGCCCGCGGUUCGUGGAGCCCAUACAGAAUGUGACGGCCGCGCUGGGCAGGGAUGCGUCGCUGUCCUGCGUCGUCGACAACCUGGGCGAGUUCAAGGUGGCGUGGAUCCACAUCGACCGGCAGAUGAUCCUGACGAUCCACCGGCACGUGAUCGCGCGCGUGCCUCGCUUCAGCGUGUCGCACGACAACCAGAAGACGUGGCUGCUGCACGUCAGCGACGUGCAGCAGGAGGACCGCGGCUUCUACAUGUGCCAAGUCAACACCAACCCCAUGAUCAGCCAGACCGGCUACCUGCAGGUUGUGGUGCCGCCUAAUAUCGUGGACGACGAGUCGACACCAUCCUCUGUGUCUGUGCGGGAGAACCAGAACGUGACGCUGACCUGCAAGGCUGAUGGCUUCCCCGCGCCCAAGAUCAUGUGGCGCCGUGAAGAUGGACAGGCUAUACACAUCGACAGGCGCAAGAAGGUGAACGUGUACGACGGCAACCAGCUGAACGUUACGCGCAUCUCUCGGACCGAGAUGGGCGCCUACCUGUGCAUAGCCUCCAAUGGCGUGCCGCCCUCCGUCAGCAAGAGGAUCACCGUCGACGUCGAGUUCUCCCCGAUGAUCUGGGUGCCGAACCAGCUGGUGGGCGCGCCGUCAGGUACAGACGUGACCAUCGACUGCCACACGGAGGCGUACCCGCGCGCCAUCAGCUACUGGGUCUACAACAACGUGAUGCUGCUGCCCACCAGCAAGUACCACACCGACAUCCAGGAGACGUCGUACCGCUCGCACAUGAGGCUCACCAUCCGGGGCCUCACCGCCAACGACUUCGGCAACUACCGCUGCAUCUCCAAGAACUCGCUGGGCGAAACGGAGGGCUCCAUCAGGCUCUAUGAAAUUCCACGACCUUCAACGCCGCCCAAGGCGACAGAAGUGCGCAGUGGAACCACCAAAGCAGAGAAGGGCGCGGCGCCGACGCCGUUGUCCCGGCAGAAGGUGGGCGCCGAGGAGGCGCUGUCAGCCCCGCCAGACCGCAGGAGGGACUCCCCGGCGGCGAGGGUUCCGGGCCCCACGGCGCGCCCCGCCCUGGCCGGCGCCACAGGAGCCCAGGAGCCAUGCUUGUUGUUGCUACUACAUGUGCUGUGGACGCUGAUGAGCCAGGUGGAGCGUGUUUUCGUCGUCUGAGAUGCAAUUCAUACUCGAGGAGCAUGACCCGUGAGUCAUGCAACCAGCUACAAAGUGACUGUGAAAGUAAAGGGAUACACAGAGGAGUGGCGAACGACGCUGUCGUUUCGUAAUUCCUAACAAAAAUUUGUGACGUACGCUGCCACAAAACUACUUGUCAGGCGCAGCUCAGCAAGUGGCACUGUGGACACGAUAAAUCUUCACGUUUCCUUCGACUCGCUCUUUUAUCAGUUUUGCGUGUGACUUCUUGGCAGUGGGGAACAAGUACAAUUGAGACACUAACUUCUUCUGUGGGUACCUCAGAUACGGCGAUGCGACAAGAGAGUGCUGAAAAUAAAAACCACCCUUUCCAAUAAAAUGCUAUUAAAUUCUAUCUGAGGUUGUUGAUCUGUUAAGACUGUAAUGUCAAUUGCGAUACGGAAUGCUGAUUGGUCGACAUAGCUUCCAGGAACAGUGUGUUUAUAACGCAAUGUUUGUACGCUGUCACUGGGAAAGUUAAUCGAGGUAGUAGCUGUAAGCAGGAAACUGAAACAACAAAAAGUUAUGAUUCUCGCUAUACGAACUGUGUGCUUCCACAAUACGCUGCUUCUGUUUGUCAGUAUUGCUACGUUCUGUCGCGUGUAU